AUGGACUCUACUUUCGGCAAUAUCUUCCUGUUUCUCACUGAAUUGGCGUGGAAAAGUCGUCUGACCAUACCGAUUCUGGUCACCACAGCAUUUCUAGUUAUGGACAUACGUUUGCAGAUUGAAAUCAACAUACAGUCGGGACAAUUUAAUGCUAGCGAUUUGGAUGAUAUUGAUGAUGCUUUCGCUGACCAACUGGGUGAUCAUGAUGAGCACGACAUGGGCGAGGACAGUGGCAGCGACAGCUAUUCAGACGAUCUUGAGUACAUCAGCGAGUACUCCAAUGAGGACGGCAACAACAGCGAAGCUUCCCACUACAGCCUGGACAUGUACGACCCCUGGGGGUCCGACUGGGAUGCUGAAGAUGAUGUCGAUGCCAACUAUCCGAACGAGAUGCCACUCUAAAGCACACAAAACGUUUAAAUUUAAGAAGUAACUGGGCUUAAUUAAUUAGUUUUAUUUUAAUAUGCAUAUACAUAUACAAAUGUAUGUAUAUAUAUUGUAUGUAAAUCCUCAGCAGUAGCAAUAUGUGUAACCUCUCUAUUUAUCUGUAUUUGUAUGUACUAAAAAAAAACAAUUGCUAUGCGUA